AUUUGCUCUUAUAUGACUUUUUGUGCACAUUUCAAUUAGCAUUUUUAAUUAUUGUAUUUUACUCAUUUCGGGUCAGCUUUUCCUGUCCAGUUUCUGUGCAUCUGCAGACUGGCAAGCUCUUCAGAUCUGCUCCGAAGGCUCAGAAUGUGGCCCUUAUCUCUGAACUCCUGGCAGCUCAUAAACACACAUUAUAGCUAAACCCUUAUCAGUUCGAUAAGAAUGUGCCUUUCAAUGGGUGUCUAUUAGCUGUCAGGAGUUCAGAAAUAAGGUUGGAUUGGGGGGCCUGGGACCCACCAGUAGAACUGAUUCUGGGGGCUCUCCCUACGGCUACCAGAAAUUGAAAUAUUGCUUGUUCAUUUUCGAGCCUCAUACACAUGAAGCGGUCAGGAACAGAGCAGCGGCAGGACUGCAGACAGGUGAGUAUUGUUUUCAAGCAAUCAGGAACAGAGCAGCGGCAGGACUGCAGACAGGUGAGUGUUGUUUUCAAGCAGUCAGGAACAGAGCAGCGGCUGGACUGCAGACAGGUGAGUGUUUUGAAACAGUCAGGAACAGAACAGCGGCAGGACUGCAGACAGGUGAGUGUUUUGAACCAGUUAGGAACAGAGCAAUGGCAGGACUGCAGGCAGGUGAGUGUUGUUUUUAAGCAGUCAGGAACAGAGCAGCGGCUGGACUGCAGACAGGUGAGUGUUGUUUUCAAGCAGUCAGGAACAAAGCAGCGGCAGGACUGCAGACAGGUGAGUGUUUUGAAACAGUCAGGAACAGAGCAGUGGCAGGACUGCAGACAGGUGAGUGUUUUGAACCAGUCAGGAACAGAGCAGUGGCAGGACUGCAGACAGGUGAGUGUUUUGAACCAGUCAGGAACAGAGCAAUGGCAGGACUGCAGACAGGUGAGUGUUUUGAACCAGUCAGGAACAGAGCAAUGGCAGGACUGCAGACAGGUGAGUGUUUUGAACCAGUCAGGAACAGAGCAAUGGCAGGACUGCAGACAGGUGAGUGUUGUUUUCAAGCAGUCAGGAACAGAGCAGCGGCAGGACUGCAGACAGGUGAGUAUUGUUUUCAAGCAGUCAGGAACAGAACAGCGGCAGGACUGCAGACAGGUGAGUGUUUUGAAACAGUCAGGAACAGAACAGCGGCAGGACUGCAGACAGGUGAGUGUUUUGAACCAGUUAGGAACAGAGCAAUGGCAGGACUGCAGACAGGUGAGUGUUGUUUUCAAGCAGUCAGGAACAGAGCAGCGGCUGGACUGCAGACAGGUGAGUGUUGUUUUCAAGCAGUCAGGAACAAAGCAGCGGCAGGACUGCAGACAGGUGAGUGUUUUGAAACAGUCAGGAACAGAACAGCGGCAGGACUGCAGACAGGUGAGUGUUUUGAACCAGUCAGGAACAGAGCAGCGGCAGGACUGCAGACAGGUGAGUGUUUUGAACCAGUCAGGAACAGAGCAGUGGCAGGACUGCAGACAGGUGAGUGUUGUUUUCAAGCAGUCAGGAACAGAGCAGCGGCUGGACUGCAGACAGGUGAGUGUUGUUUUCAAGCAGUCAGGAACAAAGCAGCGGCAGGACUGCAGACAGGUGAGUGUUUUGAAACAGUCAGGAACAGAGCAGUGGCAGGACUGCAGACAGGUGAGUGUUUUGAACCAGUCAGGAACAGAGCAGUGGCAGGACUGCAGACAGGUGAGUGUUUUGAACCAGUCAGGAACAGAGCAGUGGCAGGACUGCAGACAGGUGAGUGUUUUGAACCAGUCAGGAACAGAGCAAUGGCAGGACUGCAGACAAGUGAGUGUUUUGAACCAGUCAGGAACAGAGCAAUGGCAGGACUGCAGACAGGUGAGUGUUUUGAACCAGUCAGGAACAGAGCAAUGGCAGGACUGCAGACAGGUGAGUGUUGUUUUCAAGCAGUCAGGAACAGAGCAGCGGCAGGACUGCAGACAGGUGAGUGUUUUGAACCAGUUAGGAACAGAGCAAUGGCAGGACUGCAGACAGGUGAGUGUUGUUUUCAAGCAGUCAGGAACAGAGCAGCGGCUGGACUGCAGACAGGUGAGUGUUGUUUUCAAGCAGUCAGGAACAAAGCAGCGGCAGGACUGCAGACAGGUGAGUAUUGUUUUCAAGCAGUCAGGAACAGAACAGCGGCAGGACUGCAGACAGGUGAGUGUUUUAAACCAGUCAGGAACAGAGCAGCGGCAGGACUGCAGACAGGUGAGUGUUUUGAACCAGUCAGGAACAGAGCAGUGGCAGGACUGCAGACAGGUGAGUGUUUUGAACCAGUCAGGAACAGAGCAGUGGCAGGACUGCAGACAGGUGAGUGUUUUGAACCAGUCAGGAACAGAGCAAUGGCAGGACAGCAGACAGGUGAGUGUUGUUUUCAAGCAGUCAGGAACAGAGCAGCGGCUGGACUGCAGACAGGUGAGUGUUGUUUUCAAGCAGUCAGGAACAAAGCAGCGGCAGGACUGCAGACAGGUGAGUGUUUUGAAACAGUCAGGAACAGAGCAGUGGCAGGACUGCAGACAGGUGAGUGUUUUGAACCAGUCAGGAACAGAGCAGUGGCAGGACUGCAGACAGGUGAGUGUUUUGAACCAGUCAGGAACAGAGCAGUGGCAGGACUGCAGACAGGUGAGUGUUUUGAACCAGUCAGGAACAGAGCAAUGGCAGGACUGCAGACAGGUGAGUGUUUUGAACCAGUCAGGAACAGAGCAAUGGCAGGACUGCAGACAGGUGAGUGUUUUGAACCAGUCAGGAACAGAGCAAUGGCAGGACUGCAGACAGGUGAGUGUUGUUUUCAAGCAGUCAGGAACAGAGCAGCGGCAGGACUGCAGACAGGUGAGUAUUGUUUUCAAGCAGUCAGGAACAGAACAGCGGCAGGACUGCAGACAGGUGAGUGUUUUGAAACAGUCAGGAACAGAACAGCGGCAGGACUGCAGACAGGUGAGUGUUUUGAACCAGUUAGGAACAGAGCAAUGGCAGGACUGCAGACAGGUGAGUGUUGUUUUCAAGCAGUCAGGAACAGAGCAGCGGCUGGACUGCAGACAGGUGAGUGUUGUUUUCAAGCAGUCAGGAACAAAGCAGCGGCAGGACUGCAGACAGGUGAGUGUUUUGAAACAGUCAGGAACAGAACAGCGGCAGGACUGCAGACAGGUGAGUGUUUUGAACCAGUCAGGAACAGAGCAGCGGCAGGACUGCAGACAGGUGAGUGUUUUGAACCAGUCAGGAACAGAGCAGCGGCAGGACUGCAGACAGGUGAGUGUUUUGAACCAGUCAGGAACAGAGCAGUGGCAGGACUGCAGACAGGUGAGUGUUUUGAACCAGUCAGGAACAGAGCAGUGGCAGGACUGCAGACAGGUGAGUGUUUUGAACCAGUCAGGAACAGAGCAAUGGCAGGACUGCAGACAGGUGAGUGUUGUUUUCAAGCAGUCAGGAACAGAGCAGCGGCUGGACUGCAGACAGGUGAGUGUUGUUUUCAAGCAGUCAGGAACAAAGCAGCGGCAGGACUGCAGACAGGUGAGUGUUUUGAAACAGUCAGGAACAGAGCAGUGGCAGGACUGCAGACAGGUGAGUGUUUUGAACCAGUCAGGAACAGAGCAGUGGCAGGACUGCAGACAGGUGAGUGUUUUGAACCAGUCAGGAACAGAGCAGUGGCAGGACUGCAGACAGGUGAGUGUUUUGAACCAGUCAGGAACAGAGCAAUGGCAGGACUGCAGACAGGUGAGUGUUUUGAACCAGUCAGGAACAGAGCAAUGGCAGGACUGCAGACAGGUGAGUGUUUUGAACUAGUCAGGAACAGAG